UCGGGGCACUCUGCUCUGUGCCACCCUCCGAGCCAGACAGACGGCAGGACGGGCUGACAGCUGCCUCUCAGACCAUCGCACAUUAUGGAGGCUCUCUACAUACAACCCUAUGAAGAAAAAAUGCUGAUUCAGGGGGAGCAGGAUCAGGGAGAAAGUGGAGCACAAGAGGAGGAAGGAAUGGACGCCUCUGAUGUGGAAACAGAUGAGGACUCCGAGCCAGAACCCCCAUUGGUGAUUCGGAGAAAGGUGUCAUUCGCUGAUGCAUUUGGCCUCAACCUGGUAUCAGUUAAGGAGUUUGACAAUGUCGAAGCGACAGAGCCAGAGGUCAGCAAGGCCUUUGAGAGCGAGGCGACCCAUUCCUUAGAGGAAUUCUACAUGACCUGCCUGUUUACAGUCCCCUCAUGCUCUGAUGAGCUGGACCAGAGGCUGCAAGCACAGAUGGUCGAGCUGGAAAGCAUUGAGCUACUUCCGGGAACCUCCACGCUCCGUGGCAUCCUCAGGGUGGUCAACCUCUGCUACAGUAAGUCCGUUUACAUCCGGAUGACGCUUGAUCGCUGGACGAGCUACUUUGACCUGUUGGCAGAAUACAUACCUGGAUCGAGUGAUAGAAAAACAGACAGAUUUACCUUUAAGUAUACCCUGAUUCCUCCCUUUGAGAAAGAGGGGACCAGAGUGGAGUUCUGUCUCCGUUACGAAACGUCAGAGGGAACUUUUUGGGCUAACAACAACCACAUGAACUAUGUGCUGUUCUGCCACCAGAGAGGACAUGCACAGGAGCAGGGGCCUCAAGUGCAAGAGGAGAGUAGCAGCUAUAGGAGCAAGAGGAGCUGUCUCAAAGCUAACCGGAGGGGAAGUACACAGGAAAAGGCCUUGGAGACCAGUUACACAUCAACAGUUAUUGCAGAGGGAGAGGCACAUAAAGCGUGGGAGGCAGAAAUAACGACAAAAGACAGAGCAGAGAUAAAAUCAGCACUCUAUCAUAUGGAACACAGACCUUUGGUGGAUAGCAUAAAAAGUCGACACAAGGCAGCACGCUUGGUACGUGUGCAGGAACGACUCGCUCAGAGGAGAAUACCACAGGCUUGUUCACAUGACUCAACCAAAGGCCAGGAAACAUCUCAGCCAACUCCAUGGGUCAACCCUGCCAGCUUGCUCCAAAAGAACCAGACCCUGCAUGUCCUCACCUACCAUCAGAUUCCUCUGCUGACUCUGGACUGGAACAAUGACAAAAUCCACCCGUGGGGGUCGACUGAUAUGGAUGAUAUCUGGACAGGGAGAGCCAAAGUAUCAGCGGAAAAUAUAGAAGAUGUGCCAUGUGAUAGUGAUACGUGGCAAUCCUUUCGUAAUGGUACAGAUGAUACUGCUGAUAAAGGAUCCUCUGUGUGUGAUGUAUGGCAGGCAUUUCUUAACGGAACGAGCUGUGCAGAUCAUUCUGGUGUUCCAGAGUCAGAGUGGUUGCAGACAGCAACCUCGGUGUCCCCUUCAAAUGAUAAAGAACCCAAAGCCGGAGCAAGCUUGAGCAGUCAAAGGCAUGAAUUUCAGGCGGCGACGGAUCAGUCCACCUACCUAAAUUCACACACCUCAGUUGCACAUCAGCCACUGUCAGACUCUCAAACCUUAUUGUCUUUCACCACCUUGAAGACAGAAGACCACCAGACAGCAGAGGCAUGUGUCAGCAGCCCAAGAAAUGACAACACGGCAGCAGAGAAUGCAUCCCAAAGGUCACAGACAAACUCUGUAACAGACACUCCAAAGGAAUUCAGCCCCAAGGGGGUGAUGACUGUGUCCGAGGGGUCUGUUGACGGUUCAACUGAGUGUCACGAGCAUGUGAUGUGGGAGCGAGAAAGAGGGGGAAUAAUAGAAAGAGCAGAAGGCAUAGGAAGAGAUGCGCCCCUUGCAGAACACGCAGCUGACUUUGUAACAAGCUCAGGGGAGUCAGAGACAACAGGCUUGACAGAAACGCCAGAGUCUCAGAAUGCCAGCGCCGUUGAUAGGAUCUCACAAGGAGCAAGCCUGGAUGUGGGCCUUUCUUCCGACAGGGAAAGCGAGGUUACAGGUACUGCACACAAUGCGAUGGAUGACACGCUGGCAUUUGGGGAGACAAUCAAACAAGGGACAAAGGAUGGGGAGAGGUUUGUCUUUCCCACAUCCAGACACGGAGAGGAGAAAGGGAUCAUGAAUAACUGUACGGCAAAUAGAGUUUCUACCCAGGAGGAGGUAUUUAGGCCACAGAAAACAGACGGGUGUGAAAUCUCCCAGAGGUAUGCAGAUGAAAAGCAUCGUGAGGAAUUCAGGCUGAACCAAAACAGAGAAAAUCCAUUACUGGAAGAUGAAAUAAGACCUGCAGAGUUUCAUUUAGAUGGAUUGGAGCCACGCUCAGUGUGUGAGGAUGACAUCAGGGAAAGCCAAAUGAGAGCAAGGGAAUUCAAAUUAGAGAGCAAAAAGACAGAGGUUCAGAAUUCCUGUGCAACAAGUGGCAAAACAAAGAGGCGAAUGUAUGCAGAUAAGGAGAGUAUUAAGGUAUUAAAUGAGGAAUCAUGCCAACAUAAUGACAAUGCUGUACAAGAGACAAGGCUGAUCCAAGCAAGGGAAGACGUCUGCAAUCAUGAAAACGUAGGACUGAAAUCUGAAAGUGGGGAAUCUGCACAGACAGCAGAACGAAGGGACAUGUUAAAGCCUGUCCAAUAUGAUCGUGAUGCACUAAGAACUUUUCCAGAUAAAUGCAACCAAAAUGCAGCAGAGGUGUUAGAGACAAAAUGGAAUCAUUUACAGGAUGAUAUGAAGGGUCCGAGAGAGGAUAUAGGCAAUGAAACAAGAGCACAAGAAGCUACCAUAAAGGAGACGACUGCAAAGGCCGACAAUCCAACAGAACUUCAACACCAACCUGAGUUAUUAGAAAUAAUAGAGGAAGAUAUGAGUCAGAGAGGCAAAGAUAAGAGAGGGAGCAUUGAGAAGCUGAAAAUAGAAGUGCAGGGGGAGUUGAUGAGUAACGUGGAGAACCCUCGGAGGGAGAGGAAGAAUGCACCAGCCGAAUUGGAAGAACAAGAGCUGUCAGCAGAAGUUGAGGGCUUUCCACUUGUUGAAUGUGGAAAAUUGUCAGAGGGAACAAAAGAGCCUGUUCAAGUAGAAAUGACUGAAACGCUUGAGGUAAUGGAGCUGCAACUGGAGGAAAUGUUCGUCGAAAGGUUUGGGGAAGACUUGGUCAAGAGGAUUUGGGAAGAGGUGUUUGGACAGGACGACACAAAUAUCAGAAAAGAAUUGAGGGGCAAGCCAGAAAACACACCAAAGUGCAACCUUUCUGGGGAAGGUUCAAACGACGAUUUUGACUCAGGGGUGUUUUCCUUAAUAGAACUACCAACACAUCCAGAACCCUUCUCAAAAAGCACCGAUCAGCCACUUGUCAUAGCAGACAACCUUUUACCUUCACAGACAGAUUCAAGUGGUCAUCUAAGUCAAGAUACCAGUCCUGAUGAGAGCUGGCAGUCGUGGACUGAACCAGCCCAAAGCUCUUUAAAAUAUCACGACAACUACUCACAAAUAAAAGAGAGAUCAGCCAUCUGGAGGGACGCCUUUAAACAAACAGAAGACUGGGAAGUCACCCACAAGGAGAGCUUUGGUCAACCAGGCCACUUGUCCUACAGAGUUCAGAGUUCCUCCUCAGAGAAGUUCAGAAGUUCGGACUGUCUGGUGUGGUGGAAUAUUUUGUACAUCCUCUUUCACAUCACCAGACUUGUCGUCUGCGUCGUCUUAGUUGCUGGGUUCUUCUUCGUUGUUUUCCUGUAUGACUUCCCAGCAUUCUUUGCCCUCUACGUAUUUUCAAUGUGCUGUUGGUUCUCUCAAUGGAGGAGGCAUCGAGUGGCGACUAACAAAGGGAUGGUGGGAUAGGGUGAAAGUUAACUGGUGGUUUUCAACUGAGAAGUGUGGCAUUUUCAACCAUGAGUAAAUCCCAGUAUUCUUUGUACUGUAUUUCUAACUGGUUAGAACAUUGUGAAAAAGGGUAGGAGUUAAUGGGUGCAAUGUCAGAAUUCACUUGUAGCAUGUGUGUUUAGUUGUGUGUGUUCAUAUCUGGGUGUUUCUUUUCCAACAAUAAGCAAAUUCUUGUAGUGGUCCCAAUCCUUUUUUAUGGAAGCCCAUCUCUGCCACUUCAGAAAGAAAAAAUGCAAGGAAAAGGUCAAAAUCAUGAGAUAAAGGUCAAAAUCAUGAGAUAAAAUUCAAAUUCUUAGAUUUUAAAGUCAUGAUAAGAUUAAAAACCCACUAUGGGAUGACCGAUAUGGAAAAUGGAUGGAUGGAUGGAUGGAUGAGAUAAAAGUAAAUUUUGAGAUAAAGUCAAAUUCAGAUGUAGAAACUCAUAUAAUAAGAUAAGAUUUAAAAUAACGAGAUUAAUGUCAAAUUAUGAGAAAAAGGCAAAAUUAUGAUAUAUAUACUUCAAAAUUAAGAGACAAAAUUCAAAUCCUUAGAUUAAUAAAAAUCAUUAUGUGAUAUAAAUAAAUUUUGUGAUAAGGUAAAAAUUUUGACAUAGAAAUUCAAAAUAAUGAGAUGAAACUUAAAAAACUGUGAGAAAAAAAAGUCAAAAGUCAGUAUAAGCUAACAGUAAAUUAAGAGGUUAGACAAAAUCGGAUAUAGAUAUUCAAAAUGAGAGGAAAUAGAUAGAGAUAAAAGUCCAAAUUAUGGGAAAACAGUGAGCAUUGUGAUAUAUAAGUCAAAAAAUGAGAAGAAAGUCUGAAUAAUUAUAAAAGUAAAAACAAAGAGAUAAAAGUCAAAAUAAUGAGGAAAAAGUCAAAAUCUUGAGACAAAAUCCAAAUUCUGAGAAAAAAUUUUGGGAUAAAAGUAAAUUUUUAGAUUAAGUCAAAAUGUGCACAUACAAUUCAAAAUAAUACGAAAAUUCAAAACAAUAAAAAAUAUCAAAAUAAUAGGAUAUAAUUCAAAAUUUUCAGAAACCCCCCCCCCCCCAAAAUUAUGGGAUAAAAAUCCAAAUUAUGAGAUAAAAUUCAAAUUCUUGGAUCAAAAAGUCAUUUUGAGAUAAAAGUAAAUUUUGAGAUAAAGUCAAAAUUUGGACAUACAAAUUCAAAAUUUCUGGAUAGAAUCCAGAUAGAAUCAUGAGAUAACAUUCAAAAUAGAUAAAAUUAAAAAUUGCAAGUUAAAAAGUGUUAAAUAAGAGAUACAAUUAAAAAUUAUAAGAUAAAAAGUCAUAUUCAAGAGACAGAAGCCAUGACUGUGAGAUAAAAGUCAACACAUUGAGUUUCAAAAGUCAAAAUAAUGAGAUAAAAAUUUCAUAGUUAUGAGAUAAAAUCAAAAACAUGUUAUAUAAAUUAAAAAUUGUGAGAUAAAAAGCCAAGAUUAUGAGAUCCAAUUUAAAUUCUGGAAAAAAGGCAAUUACACAACAUGGUACAAAGUGAUAAUUAAUAAUACAUUUAUUCAUAAAGUGCUUUUUUUCAAGAAUAAUUAAAAGUUUAAACUUAAUUAAACUUAAUUCUUAAGGAAUAAAAAGUCUAAUAAAUGUGAUUGUAAGUCUUAGUUAUGAGAUAAAAAACAUAUGAGAUAAAAAGUUCAGUUACAUCAAGUUUGGAAAUUGAGCUCCUGAUUCAGAAGAAUUUUGCACUUUUUUUCAACCACAUUUAGCCUUUAAGGCUUUUAGAUGGUUUAAUGCCUCGUGUUGGUCCCUGAUCCCAGAUUGGGAACUGUGGUAAACAAAUAUAUUUCCUUUAACUGGAGCAACUCAUCAGCAAUAUCAUACAUUUUUUAGAUUUACAAAAUCUAGUAAUUGAAAAAAAACAUCUUAAAUUUAUAAGAAAUGCCCUUGUUGAAUUUCUCUGUGUGUCUGAUGUGUGAAUAUUUGCUGUGUUUUAUGGGCCCAACAUCACUUGAAAAUGUACCAAUGGAACAAAGCCGGUUUGUAUAUGAACAGUGGAUGCAAUAGUGAGGCAAGAGAGACAGUAACACCUCUCUUUCUUCUGUUUUCUUCAAUAAAACACAUUUAUAUGAA